GGAGUAUGUACGUUGUUUACAAACCGUGAUAGUUGUGAUUUUUAGGUACAUGUGCACUUGCGAACUUAUUUUACUUUAUGCCCUUGCGUAAGCCUUUUAAUAGUUUUAAUUGUUGAAGAAUCAAUCGAGUGGUGUUAAUUUCUUGUAGGUAACAAUCAAAUCAAGUAAAUAUGUAUUGGAUAAAAAAUAUAUUAAUUUUGAACAUUCUGAGAUUCUUGAAGUCCACUUAAUUUAAUUUCGAUUUUGCGUCCAUUCAUUAUCACGACUGCUACAACUGGCUGAGACAAUCCGAAAUGAUUAAGGGACAGCAGUCCAGCAUCUUUCGGUGCAGACAGAAUGGCGCGGUUCGGUCACAGUUGAAUAAUGCAGAGGUGAAGAAGCCGCGACAGCAGCUGGUGUGAGAAUGGCUGCCCAGUUGUUGGUGAAGCUUGUGCUGUUGGCGGUGCUGUCAGUGCCUCGCAGCCUGUGCCAUGUACAGUGCGACGUCUGGAAUCCACACUUCAAUGACUCUGAAUCUUCGCAAGUUAUGACCAACUGCAACUCCCGAGAAAAAGUGUCUGCGCUGGGCUGCGAAGUCAGAGAGCCUGUUGUGUCGUGGAAUGUGAGCCAGAGCGACCGUACCGUCGGGGAGAUGGCGGUCGACUUCCUGCUGUUUCCCGAUGCCGGCAGCUUCUGGAUCUCUUUGGAGCACAGCGAUGCGACCAAACAAGACUGCCGCAGCUCUGCUCGCUUCGAGCUUCAUUCGUCGCGAAUGUUUGUAGCACCCAACGUCAGUAAAACUGAGCCAAAAGACGGCAACUGUCUAAAGACUGGAAGAGAGUGGUUUUGGUAUGUGUACACGGGAUGCUACAGACUCAAGUUCUUCGACUUUAAAAGCCCACAGAUAAUAGAGUACUACUCUUGCCCUCAAUUCUUGGAGACCAGCUACAAGAAGAAACCCAUACUGGACAGAGAACCCGUGUUGAAUGCACAGUACAACUUUUUACAGUCCGCGCUGACGCUGACCACGGACAUGGGGCCGGAGGUGGGCGUGGUGCAGAUCAACGUGAAGCUGAGCGGCGGGGUGGACCUGACCUUGGGGGAUGACGUGUGCAAGAAGUCGGGGGAGGAGGAAGUGUGCUGCGCUCACGUGCCAGGACAAUCACCGACGACACUUUGCAGAGCAUCGAAAGCACAUACCAACACAGAGUGCCAUUAUGAUAACAGCUCUCUCGUGUGCCUGAUGAACAACGUUCAGCCAGGAAAUUACUGUAUGAUAGUUACUAUUACUGAUGAUCGCUGCCCCGACCACCCCCUGUGGAGUGAAAUCAGCAGCGUACCCCUUUGCAGAUGGAGCUUGCAGUUUCGGGCCAACGAGACGGCGCCCGGCCCCGACGGGGCCCUGGUCCCCGAGGACAGCUGGACCAGGAUGCUGCUGUACUGGUGCGUGGCGAUCAUGUGCGUGCUGGUGCUGGCGGGAACCGCGGUGGCCUGCUGGAUGUGCGGCCGCGACGCUCCCGCCAGGAGGCCGGACGCCAAGGAGGUCGUCUGGAACCCCAAGUACCGCAUGAUAGCCAAUAACCAAGGCCCUACGGAAGUGCUGCUGCUGUACGCGCUCGACUGUGACCUGUUCAUGGAUCUCAUGACUGUCUUCAGAAACAGCCUGAAGAAACUAGGAUUCAAGGUGCACGACUGCUUCGACCCCGAGUGCCAGGCGAAGGUGGCGCGGGGCCCCGCCCAGUGGCUGCGCCACCUGCUGUCGCGGCCCGAGGUGAAGGUGGUGGUGGUGUCGAGCGAGUGCGCCCGGCGGUGCCAGGCGGCCCUGGAUUCGUGCGUGCCGCUGUACUACGCCCAGCCCCGCCCCUUCAGCUCCCUGUUCGCCUGCGCGCUGGAGCACAUUGUGCGCGAGGGCCGCCCGGAGGCCUACGAGCGCGAGCACCACGUCAGGUUCCACAGGUUCACGGAGGAGCGGCACUUGCUGGCCCACGUGACCCCUCUGAGGAUAUACACGCUGCCCAAGCACUUCAGUCUGCUGCUGCAGAGCCUCGCCAACAGGUGCGAGGCGGCGGACGCGGAGGUGGACGUGGAAGACAACAACGUGUUCGACGAGCCGCUGGACAGGCUCGUCAGGUACAAGACGCAGAACCCUGACUACCUGGACCACCUCGUCUGCGGCGGCGCGGCGCUCUCGAAGGCGGAGCAGGACCGCAGGUAGAGCAGGCGGUCCAGGCCAGCUUCCUGCCGCCUGAUUGGCUGGCCAGCCCCCUCCCGUGCCUGCGGGUGGACCAGGCGUGUCGCCGGCACCCAGACCGAUGCCUUGGAAGAGCUCGGGAGGUCUGAACUUCAAAAUGUCAAUGCUAGGAGAUGCCUUACCGUUUCGCAUUACGAUUUUCCCCGGGCCUACGGUAGUUCAGUCUUGAACUCGCUCGAGAGUUGGCCGGUGAUUAUUGGGAAGUCUUUUCUUUGAGGAUACAAAAUGGAAUGAUGUUUUAUCUGUUUUUAAACUGUGAAAUCUCGUUAGUUCAUAUUUUGCAAAUUUUUUUUUGAUCAUAUAUUUUUUAAAUGGCUCUGUGAACAAAUCUUUAUAAUACAGUGUACAUUGUGUUUAUUAAGACCCUUUUUUUUUUUUCUUGUAAAUAGUAUUUCUGGCAAAAUUCCAAUGAAUGAAUCAGUUUUCAUUGCGUAGCAGCGAAAUGAAAUUAUAUUUCUGAUUCUGCAACUAUGUGCAGCAAUUUCAUAUUUAUUAAAAAAAAAAAUUUGCUUAUAAAAAAAAACAGUAAAAUGUUUUUGUUCCCCGGUAUAAAAAAAUUAAGUUUUUACUGGCUACUAUUACCUAUUUUCUUCUUAUAUGUGAAACACAUAAGGAUGUAAAUAUUGUGGUUACUGAUAAAAAUAAUUUUGUAAAUGUUUUUUUUUUUGUGCUGUGAAUCAAAAACAUUGUUUCAUUUUUAGAGUAUGAAUUUUUUUAAUUGUCAAGUUUACACUAUGAUGAUUAUUAUUUAAAAUGUAGUAGUUUUGUGUGAACUUUUUUUUUCAAUGGUAUGGGUUGAUGAUAUCUAUAUUGAAAAAUUAACUUUUUCAGCUUGUAAUAAUGUUUGAAGAAAUUAUAGUAUUAAUAUAUGUAUGUUAUUGUGUGAGGUUCUUGUUUGAUUAGUUAUAAAUAAAAGCAUGUUACCUAUUUUAGUUCAUGAUAUGAUGAUGGAUACAAUAGCAACCUAAACUUGUCAACUUAAUAGUUGUUUGAUCUCAGGCUAGUUAAUAAUGCAUCUUCUGCUGUGUUGGUCUCGAUGGAUGGGGGGAAGUUUCUAACUGUGUGUAAUAAAUGAGCAGGGACAAUAUUAUAUGGUGGAUUGCGAUAAAACCGAAAUAACACUGAAAAGCAUUUCAAUAUAAUAUACCACAAAGCACCGAAAUGCAAUUAAAAUCAUGAAAAUAAUCAGCAUAUUCAAUGAAAGUAAUUAAUUUAGGCGAAAAACAAAAAGGUUACUUCUUUUAAUUUUUACAGAUGUUAUUAUUUAUUAAUUUUUUGCAUUAUGACUUAGUAUAUGUUUCAAACACAAAAUUACUUCAAAUUUGUUCUGAAUAAUUAGACAUGCUUAUUACAAAUCAUUACAUUGUAAAAGUGCAUCAUGUAUCAGUGUAAAUGACACUGUUCUGGAGAAAAAUAAGUAUCAUGGAACAUUCAAGUGUCAUAUUUUAUUCAGUAAUAUGCUAUCUUUUUUAAUAAACAGAUUUCAUCAUAAAACCAAUAACACUGAAUAUCGACCUGAUAAUGAAACCAUAAAAUCUUGUCUCUAAUAAUGAGUUUGUGUAUAAAUUUGGAUGUAGUGCUGUACGGCAGGGAGCCAAUCACUGGCUGGUCUGAAGUUAAUGCCUAGGAUACCUCGCCAGUUUUGUUGUUCCUCAUGUGACUUAUUUUGGGUAAUAAGUGAAGUUGUAUGAACAGAUACAUUUUUCAAUAGCACUUUACCAGAAUGGUAAAAUGCUCACAUUAAUCUAAGUAAUGUGGCUCCAUUCAGGAAAAAAUUCUUUAUUACUAGCUUCAGCAAAGUACAGUAACAGUACAACAUUAAGGAUCUCUGGACCAUUACAUGUUAUAUUAAGAUGUGUGAACUGAUGACUGUUAACAGUGUUGGGAUUCGAAAUAAUAAUUACUCCAGGCAGGAUGUUUUGAAACAUUGACUGGAUCAAGAUGAAGUGUGUCUAAUCAUUCCACUAACAGCUCAAAAUAUUCUGUAUACCUAAUACUGUGAUUUAUUGGUUCUCAUAAUUUUUAGCAUGAUUCAGUGUGUAGUAGAUUUUAAAUAUGGAAACCUAGUAAGGUGGUUGGGUGAGUUCUGGACAAAAAUGCACCAUCUUGUUUACUUACUGCCUUCACAAUCAAUAUUGUGAUGAUAAUAUUUACAUUACAAUUUUAUCAUCCAAAAGAAUGUUAACAUUUUACACUUUAAAGUCAUAAUCAUGUUUUAAAAUAAACUAUUUUAAGUGUAAUGUAAUUAAUUUCAGAAUAGUUUAUUAUAAGUAAUGAAUGUGGGUAACAUUGUACCAACAAAUUAGUAUUUUUAAUUAUUCGAAUUCAGUGAACUUGAUUUUAAAAUCAAAUGUAUUUUCCACUUAAAGUACUCUUCGACAGUUAAUAUUUGGUCUCUGGUGUUAUGGCUUGUGAAAUUUUGGAUUUUCUGGUGGUGUUGAUGGUGAAUAGAGAUGGUAACUUUUGUGUUAUGUAUUUGUUUUGUGUGGUUAAAGUUUAACCCAGUGAUCACAGUUAUUGUUUACAGCAUCAUGUUUAUAAUUUUGUGUGGUAUAGUGUAGGAGUCUGUCUUAUUAUUGAACUGUGAGUUCAGAACCAGGUCCUGGAAAGUGCUAGUGUUGGCAGCUCUGCUGGGUUCAUGCUGUGCAUUUCAUUAUUUCAUUGUCUGUGUGACAAGCAUGACAUUGAUUAAAUUGUAGAAACACGUCAAACCUAAAUUGAUGGCCAUAUGGUGUAUCUCAGAUUAUUGGUAGGUCUGAACAAAAUGAGCAUGAUGUGGGAUAGCUCUGGUAAGUGUGUGAUACAUUGGUGUGUGCCCACAUAGCCUUGUGAGUCGUAUGACUACUCAGCGUGCGUAGUGAUACCUCUCUAAUGAGAGGAAGCCUUUGUACAGUUUAACCUCAUCUAUUCACACUAACUGGGACCGAAGGCAAUCCAGAUAGGAGAAAAUCCAGUUUAAUCAGGGUAAUAUGGGUAAUCUAAUAAGAAAAACAAGUGAUGGAUAUUGAUUGAUAUAUAGGGACUGGAAAAUUUAGCAUCUUGCUAUUAUUUUGCUAAUUUGCACUUAAAAUGUUACUUUUGCUUAUUUCCAACAAAAUUUAUAUUUUAAAUAAUUUUCUAAAUAAAUGUUUUUUUUUUCCUUCAGGUAUUUAGUUUUAAAAGGCAUUCGUAUAUAAAAACUAUUCUUUAUAAAAUGCCACAUAAUUGCUACAUAUUUUUUUAUACAUUUCAAAAUUGUUGUACAGAAUGUAUUCUUACAUGCUUAGAAACAAACAACUCAGUCUUGUAGACUUUCUGACCUGACUUGCCUUAUGUUCGUACUUAGCAGCUUGUCUAGGACACAUGCACUUGUAUAAUUAAAUGAUUUUAAUGCAUGUAUGUCUGUCACUUAAGACUUAUCAGCACUUCAGUUAAUACACAAACACAACACUUCCACCAUCUUUUAGUCAGAUUUUCUUAUCUCGCAGAUGAAAGGUGUAUGAUUGGCUAAUCAGAUGACAUCAAAACAGGAUGCACUUUCUUGCAUUUUGCUUUAGCGGGAGUGUGAAAUAAACCACAGUAGUUACCACAGGCAUGUACUUGGCAGUCUUCCAAAAGUUACAGUUGAGCCAUGUGGUGAUUUUCUCUUAAUUCUUCUCUACACUAGUUUGCAUGGCCAGCGUGAUCUGAGAUAUGGCCAAUAUCUCUGUAAUGCAGCCAUGUUAGAUUUAAUCUAAAUAAAUUCAAAAUUAAAGCCCUACCAAUUAAUUCAGUUGAUUUAUUAUUUAAUUAAUUAAUCCUGCAACUUAAUGUUUGCUGGCAUAUUGCAAUACCAAUUUUUUAAAAUUAAAUAUUAAUAAAAAAAAUUUUGUGAUUUUAAUCUAGAAAGUAAUUUUUUAAAAACUUGAAAUAAAGGAUGUAUUUGUAAGUAUGUAUUGUAUGUAUGAAUAUUUUGUUUACAAACAUGUAGUACUUAGUUUUAAAUAACGUUCAUAAAAUAAUAGAUACUAAUUAUGGACAAAAGAUGCUAGUUUUUCCAGUCCCUUUGAUAGAUGUCAGUUGGUCUGGAAAAUAUUUUAAGUUGUAAACACCCACCUAAUACACCUUUUUUUUUCUCUCCAAAAAUUGAAGUUCAUAAGGAACAAAGUUUGUAAAUUAGCAGCUUUCAGAAAAAUAUUGGCUAUCCUACCAAUUUUUACAGUAAUGAGUAAUGUGCAUCUGAUUUCACUAUAAUAUUGGAUUACUGGUCUAAGCAUGUCAUAGUACAAAUGAGAUUCAAUAUGUGUGUUUCCUAUUUUUGUUUUUGAUGAUAGUUAUACUAGUUUGUGUUUUUUUUUAUUCCUGAUGCUAUUAGGUUGUUGAGUGGUUGAUCGUUGGCUUGCAUUGGUAGAACUGGAUUGAAAACUUGGAAAAAGUAGUAAUGUCAAAAAAUGCAGGAAACUUUGUUUGUGUCAAGUGCGUUUUCAGAAACCAUUUUUGCAAUUGUAUACAUCCUAUCAACAUAGACAAAUCGUUACAGUCAGUACAGUAUUAUGUCAUUUUUUUGCUGAAUAGCAUUUCCCUAUCGUAACCAGUCAAUACUUAUCUCACUACUGUUUUGGCAGCUGAUUUACACUCUACAAAUUGUUUGUGACUUCAUGGAUAUCAUUGCAGUUUUAUGUAUUUGAUGGUGUCUCUCCUGUCCCAUUAGUGCCAUGGUUGUGCGGAGAGUAAUUACAGUUUUUGUACUAGUUAUUUAAAAUAAUUAUAUUUUGAGUUAGCUUUCUACUUUCCAUGAAUUUUACGUGUUUUAUUUUCUCUCAUAUUUUAAGUCUGUAUGUUUUUUUUUAUCAUUGUGGAUUAUAUGCCUUAAUGGGUGUUUUUGAUACAUCACUACAGAAUAUCAAUAUUAAGGUUGUUUAUCUUAUAAUAAUUAAAGACUGGUUGUAACAAUGAAAUUUUGAAAAAAUAAUUCAAGAAAAUUCCACUUCCCUGGCAAUACUUAAGUUUUUGUAAAGUUUUUUUUUUUCAAAUGUAUAUACAUGUAUGCAGGCGUGUGAAGUGUUGUUUGUUGAAAUAAAUUUUUUGUUCCUUUAA